AUUGAGAGAAGGUAUGUCAAAAGAGGGAAAACAGUUAUUAACAUCAAUUGUUGAAAGACAUCCAUAUGUUGUUUCGUCAAUAAUAAAAGAAUUAAAAAAGAAUUUGAAAAAUAUUGGAAAGCCUUCACUGUACUUGUUUAAAGAACUUCCAUUAGCUGACUGGAAACCUACAUCAGAUGAUGUGAAUAUUCUCAAAGAAUGGCUUUUAUCCGAUUCAUUAACUUCAAAUGAAAAUCAGCUGGCAAGAUUAAUCAUAAGCAAUAUGAACUGGGGAAUUGAUAAUGAGAAAAACUGUUACGCAGUUGAUUUGGAUAUUCAUCGUCAGAUUGCUGUUUCAAUAGUAGAAGCCUAUGCAAAAUUUAUAAAAGUGGAAGAUUAUAAAACUUUAAUCAUGUGGAGUUUUCAACAGCUUAAUUAUUUAGCAAUGAUUUUGAAAUCUGCCGUAAUGCCUGAAACAGCUUCACCCGAAGCAGUGUUUAUAACUUGGGUUUGGGAAACCUUGUUUUCUCUUAGGCUUCACAUUUUGGAUGGUGUGAAUCCUCCGUAUCAAGAAAUUUUUAAUGGAUGCGUAAUAAGACCUGAUAUUCCCAAUUUGCAACAGAGUGCCCACGUUCGGCCUAUUGUUGAAGGUUUGGAAAGUCAACCAAAAAACCCUGUUGCAUGUUAUGUUGGUUUCAUGUUAACAUCAAUUGGACACAGUUCUGAUAGCAUAUGUGAAGAAGGAAUUGUGUUAUUUUCUACACUAAUAGAAAAUCGACUUUACAUUCAAGCGGGAAAUCUUUUGCCUUAUAUUAUGCCAUUUUUUUACAAUGAUUUUGACAAAAUAUUGAGAAAUCAAAUGUUUAUGAGGAGUGCCGAAAAACUCUUAUUGGCUGACAUAACAUAUUUAGAAUUGGUAAAAAAGAGAGAACUGCCAGGAAAAGUUCUUCAGUUUAUUUCAUGUAUAAUGAAAUGCCAAAUUGAUAAAUACAUAGCUGUUGGAAGUGCAUCUGAUUUAGUGAAUAUGUGGCUACAAAUAUUAAUUAGGAUAUUAAUUCAAAUGAAUAAAAAUGAAAGUCUGUUGAAAAAUAAAGAAUAUAUUUAUUAUCUUUUAGACGAGUUAGUAAAAAUGUCAUUUGGCAAUUCACUUACACGUAAAGCGCUUUUUGAUAAACAGAAACAUAUAUUGAAGUGUCUUUCAUUACCUAAGCAAUCAUGGGGCAUAACAGCAGCCCUCACCAGCUUUGUUAGUAAGACUCCUAUCCAUGAGAAACAAAUUUUAAUCGAACCCACAUCAGAAUUUAUAUGGUUUGCUUGGUUUGCGGCAUUAAUAGAAGUGGAUAAUUCUGACGUAUUAAGCAUUUGGAAGCAAGUUCUGUUAGAAAUGUCUGUUGAUUCUAAAAUGAGUAGCCAAGGUGCACUAAAAAAAAUUACAAAUCUUCUUAACUUGAAUUUUAAAAAAGAAUGUUUGCCUAUUUAUAAGUGGUACAGGCAAGCCAUCGCGACUCCAAAAGAACAUCUGUUAUGUCCGUUGAUGUGGCAACAGUUUUUCCGUUUCUUUUUACAAAAGCUUUCUGAUUCUUCAAGGUAUCAAAAUUUAAUUUGUUUGCAAAGAAUAUAUUUAAAAGAGGAUGUUGAAUUCUUUAAGAUGCUUAAAUAAACUCUCUUUACAUUUUUGUAUAAAAGGAA